CCCUUCUCCAUUUCUCCCUUCUUCCUGUCUCAAUAAUUAUUGCUCUGUUUCUCUCUCUAGAUACUCGCUUAUCUGGUCAUGGCUUCAACGACGACGACGACGACGUCGUAUUGGUGUUACAGAUGCUCACGCUUCGUCACCGUUUCACCUCACAACGAAGACGAAGAACACAGCCACACAAGCAACAUCACGUGUCCUCACUGCGACGGUGGGUUCGUCGAAGAGAUCCAAUCCAACUCCACCUCUGAUAUCCGUCAAAACCGUAGCCGGGUUUCCAACCUUACCCGAAACCGCCGCAACGCCGGCGACCGGUCUUCGUUUAACCCAGUGGUCGUCCUCCGCGGAACCACCCCUGCCGCCGCUGCUGAAGACAACGAAGAUGGAAGCGCCUACGAGUUCUACUAUGACGAUGGAAUCGGUACGGGUCUCCGACCCGUACCGGAGAUGAUGUCUGAGUUUUUAAUGGGUUCAGGUUUUGACCGUUUACUAGACCAGUUAUCACAGAUAGAGAUAAACAGUUUAGGCCGGUCGGUUCCUAACCCGCCGGCAUCGAAAGUCGUGAUUGAAUCAAUGCCGAGUGUAGAAAUAAACGAAACGCAUGUGAUUUCGGAGACGUACUGUGCAGUGUGUAAAGAGGCGUUCGAGAUAGGAAACGAAGCUCGUGAGAUGCCUUGUAAGCAUAUUUAUCAUUCUGAUUGCAUUUUUCCUUGGCUUGCGAUGCGAAACUCUUGUCCCGUUUGCAGGCACGAGUUGCCUGUGGAGAAUUCCAGAGAGGAGGAGGUGGAAGGGGAGCUUGUGGGGCUAACUGUAUGGAGGUUGCCUGGUGGUGGGUUUGCUGUUGGGAGGUUUAGUGGGGGAAGGAGAGGUGGAGAGAGAGAAUUUCCGGGUGUUUUUACGGAGAUGGAUGGUGGUGGGAAUGGUGGGCUUAACGGGAGCAGUUGGCCGUCUCGUGAUUGGGAUUCUUGGGUGACUAGGAGGAGUAGAAGAAGAGAGAGUACUAGUGGUACUGGGGGUUUUAGGAGAGUUUUUCGUGGUAUGGCUUCGUUUUUAAGGAGGAUUAGGCCUAAUUCGUCGUCAAGAAUGCGUGAUGGAUCUGAAGAACCUUGAUCGAUUGAUAGAAGUUAUUCAAGUCGCGUGACAAGGAGGAGAAGAGGAUUGGAUGUGGAAGUUGAGGAAGGCGCUUGUAUGCGGUGAUAUCACUUGAUUGCUUCUUCUUAUCCUUCACAUAAAUGUAUCUGUCUACUUGGCACUUAAAACAGGUUAAGAAUUAAUUUUUUUUUUUCAUUUACUGAAAGAGAGCAGAGAUUUCUUAUCUCUUCAUAUUGAAAAAUUCUUUGUAUUUGCAGCAAAAGGAUAAAUUAUUCAGUUUUGUUGUUUCUGAAAUUUAGAAGAUAGUUGAACUGAAGGUGUAGGUGUUAAUCCGCAAUGUAGUAGAAGAGCGAAAGGCCUUAGUCUUAAAGCAUUUCCUUGUUAUCUACUGCAAUCAAUUAAAUUUUAACCUUGGCAUUCAUUCUAUUAA